AUCAUCUGUCUCCCCCUCUCUCUGUGUUUCUCUGCAGAGACAUCAUGUCCAUCUACAAGGAACCUCCACCAGGGAUGUUUGUCGUCCCUGAUCCUCAAGAUAUGACAAAGAUCCAUGCUCUGAUCACAGGCCCGUUCGACACACCGUACGAGGGAGGCUUCUUCCUCUUCCUGUUCCGCUGUCCCCCCGACUACCCCAUCCACCCACCGCGGGUCAAACUCAUCACCACCGGACACAACACUGUCCGCUUCAACCCCAACUUCUACCGCAAUGGCAAGGUCUGCCUCAGCAUCCUUGGGACAUGGACAGGCCCAGCAUGGAGCCCAGCCCAGAGCAUCUCCUCUGUCCUCAUCUCCAUCCAGUCUCUGAUGACGGAGAACCCCUAUCACAAUGAGCCUGGAUUUGAACAGGAGCGUCACCCAGGGGACAGUAAGAACUACAACGAGUGCAUCCGCCAUGAGACCAUGAGGGUGGCGGUGUGCGACAUGCUGGAGGGGAAGGUCCCCUGCCCUGAUGCUCUUUGGAGCGUGAUGGAGAAGUCCUUCCUGGAAUACUAUGAUUUCUACGAGGGAGUUUGCAAAGAGAGACUGCAUCUACAGGGACAGAACAUGCAGGACCCGUUCAAUGAAAAUGCUGCCAUUAUUUACUGA